GCUCCCUAACUCUACCUGCUACCUCCCAACACUAGCCUACAUCAUGCAGUUCGCAAGUAUGGACGAGCACAUCGUCCCUCACUUCGUCUCUCCCCGCAGGACCCCCUCCCAACACCUCCAGCACCGAAAGCCCAAGGUCGUCCUCACCGUCCACUCCCUCCGUGCGCUUUUUCACCUCCGACAGCCCGACGCUGCUCGCGCCCUGGGCAUCUCUCUGACGGCGCUCAAGAACGCGUGCAAGAGGCUGCGCGUAGGCAAGUGGCCGUACAAGAGGCUGCAGCCUGGAGACCAGCAGGCGGACAAGGAGGGAUGUCGUGGCGCUGCCUCGCCGGAGAGCUCCAGCCUCGACGAGACGCCAGCGGAGCUAGAGGACAGCGUCGGAGAGGAGCCGAGGGGAUCAGGGUGGCUGGGACGGCGGUUGGGGUUGGACGCGGAAUCGCUACUGGAGGAGGCGAUGAUGCACGUGAGCAGAUAGGAGGCGAUGAGAAGGAUGGGCGUGGGGAGGAGAUGUGACGUAGAGGGUUGCGCUGGAGGAACUUGGGAGUGCUAGAAUGGACCGAGGGGAGGUGAGAAGAUAAAAGGACAGGCAGGAGGAGCCAGGCAGUGGCCUUGGAUGUAACAGACUACAAAAUGAGUUCAGCAACUUGAGACUCAUAAAUAUUUU